AUGUCGAACGGUAGUAAUUCGCUGACCACCCGGACGACGUCGUUUCGUGUAGCUUCCCUGGCAUUGCCUUCAAAAUCUUCUGAUCAGUCUCCUCAGUCAUCUCCAGGCUCAUCUUCUUCCCCAACUCCAACGCCGACGCCUUCUCUCUCCGCCGGUGGAUCUUCGGCGAGAAGAACGGCGACUGGAUUAUCCGGCCGGCACUCAUUAUUCAGGGGAAUUCGUCUACGGAACGGAAAAUGGGUGUCGGAGAUUCGAGAGCCGCGUAAAACGACGCGAAUUUGGCUCGGGACUUAUCCCGUCCCGGAGAUGGCUGCCGCCGCUUACGACGUGGCGGCGCUAGCUCUGAAAGGCCCCAACGCCGUUUUGAACUUUCCUGGUUUGGCUUUGACUUAUGUGGCUCCGGCUUCUAACUCUGCCGCGGAUAUUAGAGCUGAAAGCUUGUAUUUCGUCACUGCCUCACAAACGUACAUGGAGGAUCCUAUAUAA